AUGGCCUCAGCAAUCGCAAUCGGAACCGGCGUCGCGGUCGCCGCCUUCUUGGGUCGAGCUGGACUUGUCGCAUGGCGCCGAUCGCGUGGUGGUGUCGGAGCCCUGGGAAAGGCCUUUUACAAGGGCGGCUUCGAGCCCAAGAUGAAUAAGCGAGAAGCGACCUUGAUUCUCAACUUGGGCGAGAGGGCAGUCACCAAGGAUAAGCUGCGCAAAGCUCACCGAACCAUGAUGUUGCUCAACCACCCCGAUCGAGGCGGCAGCCCUUACCUCGCCACCAAAAUCAACGAGGCAAAGGAAUUCCUUGAAAAAACUACUUGA